AUGAAAUCUAAUCAUGCUCGUGAGGUUGAGGAAUCCAAACGGCUUAUAAAAAAGGAAUUAACACCCGAUCCAUAUCUUUACGAUAUCCCAGAACCUGGAGAGCGCUUUGAGUGUAUAGUGGUGGAAAGGGAAGAUCAAUAUGAUGA